GAAUGACAUUUUUUCAUGUUCAAAGCUUUAACAGUUCAAAAAUAUUUUGCCCUAGAAAACCAAGGACUACAUUUCUGUAUUAGAGUAAAUUUCCUUCCCACCUCAUACUGAGAAAUUUGCCAAGCAUCGUCCCUGAAACUACAACUACCUAAUAUACCGGUCUCCAUGUAAAAGGUGUGAGGUUUAACACCAAGCCUUUAAAAAAACAAACCGGCCUCUAGAGCUUCACCCAACAGAGAGGGCUAGCUAGUGUCCUACUAGAAAACAAAACAUUUCGUGGAAAUCUGGUGAUAAAUUGGAUUCAAAACUGGUAAACAACUGAUGAAACAAAUUUAAAUUGAAAGCGACUUCGAAUCAAUACACGUCACGUGGUAAUCUGCAGUCUGAUAAAUACAACACAACGUUAAAAUGUUUAAAAGCUCAUACACCUUUACGGAUAAAACGAGGACAUUUUGGAAUCUAGAUUAUUUUGCAAUCCCACUUCUGUGAGAGCAUAGUUGUUUUGAAAUUCUCCAUACAGCAGCAGCAAUGGCAUUGAAUGGAGCUCUGUAUAUUUCGUCCCCAAAAAUAAACAAUCGAUAUUCUUUUGUGGGCACUACUUUCCGCAAUGUAAAUCGAAGGCAUCUAAGUGUGAGAUCAUCUGCAGAGAAGAAAAGCCGCAUACAGAAGGCGAUUGAGGAAGAAGGCAUAGUUGAAAUGCCAGGGUGUUAUGACGCGCUGUCUGCUAUCAUUGUUGAGAGGACGGGCUUCAGUGCGGGAUUCAUUUCUGGAUAUGCCGUCGCAGCUUCUCUCCUUGGAAAACCAGACAUUGGAAUACUGACCCCUCCCGAGAUGGCUGCUGCUGCUAGAUCCAUUUGUGCUGCAGCCCCCUUGAUUCCUAUUAUCGCGGAUGCAGAUACUGGUGGAGGUAAUGCUCUUAAUGUUCAAAGGACCAUACGGGAUUUGAUUGCUGCAGGGGCUGCAGGUUGUUUUCUUGAGGAUCAAGCAUGGCCUAAGAAAUGUGGGCAUAUGCGGGGAAAACAGGUAAUACCUAUAGAGGAACAUGCAGCUAAAAUUGCUGCUGCAAGAGAUGCUAUUGGGGAUUCAGACUUUUUUCUUGUUGCUAGGACUGAUGCUCGAGCAAUAUCAGCCAAAAAUGGGCUUGCAGAUGCAAUAGCACGUGUUAACCUCUAUAUGGAGGCUGGAGCUGAUGCCAGUUUUGUGGAGGCUCCUAGAAGUGAUUAUGAACUCAAGGAAAUAGGGAGCAAAACCAAAGGCUAUAGAGUUUGUAACAUGCUUGAAGGGGGAGUCACACCCUUACAUACCCCAGAAGAACUGAAAGAGAUGGGAUUCCAUUUGAUUGUGCAUCCUUUGACAACAUUAUAUGCUUCAGCUCGUGCCUUAAUUGAUAUUUUAAAGUUUCUGAAGGACAAGGGCACGACAAGAGAUCAUCUUGAUAAAUUGGCAUCAUUUAAAGAAUUUAAUCAGCUGGUUGAUCUGGAUUCCUGGUUUGAACUCGAAUCUCGUUAUUCUCAGGUGAAGAAAAAUCUGCCUUAAAUUCUCACUCUAGGUAAGUCAAAGCAUUGCUCUCCAGAAUUGUAGAUGCAAUUGCAUUUGCAAAGUCCUGUCUUGAGGGUUCAUACAAGCUCAACAGCAAGAAGCUAGCUCUCUACAUUGGUAUAAUGAAAGGAACUCUUGUUAAAUGUGUGGCCACUUGUAAGAAAAUCUUUGUUGCAGUAUUAGUGGAGGCUAGAACAAACCAUUGUAAGUUGCUCAGUAUUAUUAUAAUAGAAUCAUUUUAUUUA